AUUUCAACUUACACCUUAAAAUUGGAUUCCGUUCAUUAAAUAAUUUUUAUCAUUAAAUCUCAAUUCUUCUUGCUCGUUACAGUGAUUACCUCGCUCCAGAAUUCUACCGCCCUUUGAACCCCGCGACGACCUUUUCUCAUUCCGCUACUAUGACUGAAGGACGCUGCAACUGCGGAGGCAUCAAGGUUUCCAUUCCCGCCCUACCGGAGAAAUCCAUAAUCUGCUACUGUUCAAAUUGUCGCCGCGCGGGCUCGAGUAUGGGAAGUAUCAUAUACUCUCCGGAUAAAUCCGAAGUCACUAUCAAUGACCCCGAUGGCAAUCUCAAGAGCUACAAAGACAGCGAUACCAAGAGUGGGAACACGAUCACUCGUCAGUUCUGCAGCAACUGUGGAUGCCCAAUUGUUUCCCUAGUCGGCUCGAAAUUGUUUUUGAAGGGCGGUUUGUUUGAGCAAAUACCUAUUCCGGGCCACAAAAGCUUUGCGGAAGAAGAGCCGAGCUGGAUGAGCAUUCUAGAGCCCGACGAUAAAAAGAUAUAAAAGGCGUAGCUACCAGUUCCUGAAAUAGUAGUCGAAGCACAUACAUAGCUGUGGCCUUUGAUACAUCUAGUCCAUCUAUUGGCUAGUACUGGCUCAACUGAAGACUAUGAAGGGAUGCUAUUACACUGGCCAGCUAACCCCGCUUCUCGGCUGCAUAGAGUACUACAAGAAUAUAACCCUUGCAUAC